AUGGGUCAAGCGAGGAGCAAAGAACGUCAAGAGAACAACAUACUAUCCAAGAAGACGCACUUUACGAAAAAAGAGAUUCAUGAUCUCCGACACAAGGUGGACGCUACCAUCCAUGCGAACAAUGCCAACAUAACACAGCAGGUAUUCAAAGAGACUGUAAAGAAAUACGUCCCAUCAGUGUCUUCCAAUGAUGAUGCCUUUCUCGAGCAACUAUAUUCAGCGUUCGAUGUGGAUGAUAAUAAGGCGAUUGAUUUCAGCGAAUUUGUUGACGGUCUUAGCGUGUUCAUGAAGGGCAGUCCAGAUGAAAAGUUAACAUUGUCGUUCAAAUUAUACGAUGUCAACAAGGAUGGCUACUUGACAAAUACAGAGCUUGAAAGAGUUAUGUUGAAAUUGUCGGGCACCUUUUCAAAGGAAAAUCGAACUACCGAGAUCAAGGAAAUGAUUGAGCACAUGUUUAGGGAUUUUGAUGUCGACAACGAUGGGCGAUUGUCUUUUGAAGAAUACAAAUUAUCCGCCAUGAAAGAGCCACUGAUUGUCGAUUUUUUGGAACAGUUUUUGGCUGAACAUCACAUAUCCAACUUCCCUCGAGCUCCCUCUCGUGCAGCAUCAAUCCGAUCUUACAUUUCAAAUACAAACAAUGGCAAUCGAUCACCCUCCUCUGCAUCUAAAUUGUCCGUCCGACUAUCACAAGCCGAAUUGCUGGAAUACAGUCAUCACCAGCAACAACAUCGAUUGAGUAAUAAUAGCAGUGUUGCAGCACCUGCAAGCCCUACAGAGAGGAAGCAAUUGAGUCGCCCAACAAGCAUGACAAGUUUGGAUGCUGCAUUAACCUCAAUGGAAAUCGGCGAUGCUGCUGCAAAAAAACAGCAGCCUGCAACACUGUCAAGCAUAGCAACCACAGCAACAACAUUAUCAAACAAGAAGCAAUCGUAA